CCACAGCCUCGCGACUGGGCAGAAAAAAAAAGUUAACCCAAAAAAAAGUGAGGUCGCCUGAGCAUCUCAACAACGAAUACCACUGUCUCCGGCAACCGUGACAUAGUUGGCGGCAGAUAAUACCGAUAUUCAAACGCAAUCAUGGAUAUCCUUAAGAUCCUCUCAAGAGGCACAAAGAAAACGAAUACCGCUAGUACGAGCGCCACUGCGACUGGCGACCUCCCGUCGUCUGGAGCAAAGGUCAACCCGCAGCUCUACAACGACUCUGUCCGAGGGCAGAAGCGAAAGCGACAAGCCAAUCAAACCGACGACAAAGUUGAAGAUGAAUUGCCUGAGGUGAAUUUCUUCCCCGCUCCCGAUGCCACAUCGGCACGCGAACAAGAGUCUGCGAAGAAGCCGCAACGAGCAGCCAGCCCCCCGCGGAAGCCGACAAAAAGACUCCCCGAAGACGAAUGCCGACAAAUAUUCCGUUCACACAGACUGAAAUUGACAAUCCUCUCCAAGGAUCAAGAAUUGAAAAAGCCCAAGAAGUCAAGCAAGAAGAAGCAGAAGAAAGCCGUCGCUGAAGAGGACACCAAGAACGACAGCAAGGCACAACUGUUCCCUCAGCCAUUGGAGUCGUUUGCCGACCUACGAAACACAUAUGGAAUCUCCAGGCGAGUGGCAGAGAAUUUGAUUGCGCAAGGCUACCGCGUGCCUACUGAGGUGCAGCUCGGUUGCUUGCCCCUGCUACUUCGACCAGAGCUCGCGCUGCCCGACACAGACGGCUUGGACAAUGGUAUCAACUUCUUGGCUGUUGCGCCUACAGGUAGCGGCAAAACAGUCAGCUUUUUGAUCCCAGCAAUCAACAAGAUUAUGCGACGAAGGGCGCUUGAAAAGAGCGAGGGUUCUCGAGAACUGGAGGCCAUUAUUGUGGCGCCUACUCGAGAGCUGUCACAUCAGAUUGUCAACGAGGGUCUAAAGCUUCUUCAAGGCACAGGUAUCAAGAUCGUCGGAAUGAAGAAGACGACAAAUAUUUCAGUAGAGCAGCAGGAAAUUGCAGAGGACAGUUCGGACGAAGGAUCCGAUGACGAGGACGAAGAGUCUGCGGAUGAGGGCAAGCCUAAGCGCACCCAAAAGGUACGACCGGCCACGCAAACCGAUAUCCUGGUUACCACACCACGACUCCUGAUCAACUUUUUGACUUCGGGUCCUUCUGGAACACAGCGCGUCCUGCCUGGUGUACGUGAUCUGAUUCUCGACGAGGCGGAUGUCCUCCUCGAUCCCUUGUUCCGCGAGCACACAUUGAGCAUUUGGACGGCAUGCACAAAUACCGAUCUGCGUGUGUCUCUGUGGUCUGCCACCAUGGGAUCUAACAUCGAGACAAUGAUCAAUGAGAAGCUUGAAGGAAGAGCGGAGGCUCUGGGUCUCCCCGUCAAGCCUUUGCUCCGCCUCGUUGUCGGUCUCAAGGACACUGCUGUCCCUAACAUUAUUCACAAGCUGGUGUAUACAGCUAGCGAACAGGGUAAACUGCUCGCUCUCCGUCAGCUGCUGCACCCCUCGCGAGCUGAUGACUCUGGCCCUCCUUUGAGACCCCCGUUCUUGGUUUUUACACAGACGAUUGAUCGCGCGACAGCACUUCACGAGGAACUCAAAUACGAUAUCCCUCUGGAAGCGGGCGGCCCUUCAAGAAUUGCGGCUCUGCACAGUGGACUGGCAGAAUCUGCGCGUGCUGCCAUCAUGCGCAAGUUCCGUGCCGGUGACAUUUGGGUCCUCAUCACUACUGAUGUGCUAGCUCGCGGUGUUGACUUUGCUGGAGUCAAUGGCGUUGUCAACUACGAUGUGCCUGGCUCCAGCGCUGUAUACGUCCACCGUGCCGGCCGAACAGGUCGUGCUGGUCGACAAGGUGGCAUUGCUGUUACAUUCUACACCAAGGAGGAUAUCCCCUUUGUGAAGACCGUCGCCAAUGUCAUUGCUGUGAGCGAGAAACAGGCGGGUAAGACGGGCGACGAGGCAACCGUGCAAAAGUGGCUGCUGGAUGCGCUGCCCAACGUUGGCAAAGCGGACCGAAAGAAGCUCAGGGAACGUGGCGUCGAAUCAAGACGCAGCGGCAGCAAGGCCAAGAUUACGUCCAAGAGUGGCUAUGAGAGACGCAAGGAGAAUAACCGCAGGGGAGCUAUCGAGGGGAGCAAGAGGAGAAAGCAGGCCGAGGCAGAUGGCUCCGGUGAUGAGGAUGGUGAUGAAUGGGGUGGCAUUGACGAUUAAAAGAGCUGGGUUUUGAGCAUGUAUACAUCUUCUUCAUAUAUCACGAUGGCGUUUAAAAAUAUAAUGUUUGGAUCUUUACCC